AUGAAAAAAUUACCAAGUAGCUAUUUAGAACCAAAAAUAUUUGAUAAUAAAUACAUAGUAAAAGAAUAAUUAAGUUCUGGUUCAUUUGGUGUUGUGUAUUUGGCAAUUCAUAAGGUAACAAGAGAGGAAGUUGCUGUGAAAUUAGAAAAAGGAUAAUAGGAAACUUUGGAUAGAGAAGUUUAUUUGCUAACAAAAUUGCAAGGUAUUAAUGGAAUAACAAAAUUAUUUUGGUUUGGACGAGAAUAAUGUUAUAAUGUAAUGAUUAUUGAGAUACUUGGUAAAGACUUAGGCUUUUAUGGCAAAACAUAUAAACAAUUAACAUUAAAGACAGGUUUAUAAUUAUUAGAAUAAUUGAUAACUAUUUUUAAUUAAGUACAUUAGAGAGGAAUUGUACAUAGAGAUCUUAAACCUGAAAAUAUUAUGAUGGGCAAAAUAAAUACAUCAUAAGCAUUUUUAGUAGAUUUCGGAGUUUCCAAAUAAAUUUAUGAUAAAGGAAAGCAUAUGUAAAUUUUUUAAAAUCAUUAUUAUAUUUUUAAUAGACCUUUUAGAGAUAAGAAAUCGUUUAUAGGUACAGCUAGGUAUGCUUCAAUUGCAGCUCAUAAGGGAUUCGAAAUAGGAAGAAAAGAUGAUCUAGAGUCUUUGAUGUACGUAAUAAUUUAUUUGAUUCUUGGGUAAAGAAAUUAACUGAUUGAGGAAAAUUGCCUUGGCAAAACUUAUAGAAUAUAGGUGACAAAGAUAGGACUAUUGCUGUAGGAGAAUUUAAAAUGGCUACAUCAAUUUAAUCAUUAUGUAAAGAGUUACCUUCCCCAUUUGCUGAAUAUUUAAAGUAAUUAUCAUUAUAUUUUAUUAGUUAUCUUAAGGGAUUAAAAUAUGAAGACUAACCAGAUUAUGAAUUAUUAAAAAAGAUGAUGAGAAAAUGUUCAGAAACUAAUACUUAUGAUAAUAAAUUUGAAUGGACAGAAAAAUAACCAUAAUAAUAUGAUAAAACUGGAGAUAAUAAAUAAUAAGGUUCAUUUUUGAUUGUUCCUAAUGGUUUAGAUUAACAAUAAAGAUAAACAACAAAAAAAUAAUCAU